GGGGCAAAAACAGAGAAAAAAGAGGCAAACUGGGCUAAAAGGACAUGCACAAGAAGGAUAUUAAAAGAUCGGAUAGCAUAUAUUCGAAGAAAAAACGAGAUCAAGGAGGUCAGUGGAUGAGGAGAAAAGAGGAGAAAAAGCGGAGAAAACAGGGGAAAAAGAGCAUUUUAUUGAAUAGAACGUCAGGAAUAACAUGGGAAAAGGAUUUUGAAGGAAAAAAAACGGAUACAAUUGAGUCUAAAAGGGAAAAGAAAGAAAGAAUUUUUGUAGAAGAAAAUAAGGGAAUAUAUGAGGAAAUAAGAGAGAAAGAACUGAAACGGAUUAAAGAUCUGGAUUAUACGCCAAAGAAUCUUAUUAUAACAGGAAAAAAAUCGUCAAAAAAUACGUAUUUUUUCGCAAAAGAAUUGGCAGGACUUUUUCCAUAUUCAAAGCUGGUUAAAAGGGAUUCACAGCUAGGAAUAAAGAGAAUUACAGAGUACGGAAUCAAGAGGGAAUAUACAGGUUUAAUAUUUGUUAAUGAAAACCGGAAAAAACCGGAUAGCCUUAUUAUUAUUCAUUUGCCAUCAGGACCAUCAUUUUAUUUUACAAUAUCAUCAAUUACACCUACAUCAUGUAUUUAUCGUCAUGGACGAGCAACAUCACAUAUACCAGAGCUUAUAAUUAACAAUUUUACAACAUAUCUUGGGUUAACAGUGGAAAAUAUGUUUCGUUCAUUGUUUCCAACACAAGCAGACUUUGAAGGACGUCAAGUAGUAACUAUUCAUAACCAACGGGACUUUAUAUUUAUCAGAAGACACCGAUAUAUUUUCAAAAAUGAUAUCAAAGUCAGUCUUCAAGAACUAGGACCUAGAUUUACGCUUAAAUUAAGAAGACUUCAACGUGGUAUUCAUGAUAGACAUGCAGACAAUGUCGUAUAUGAGUAUAAACCCGGAGAAGAGAGCAAUAGAACUCGUUUUUGGUUAUCAUAAUUAUUUAGAAGCAGUAAAAAUAUUACAAGUAUAAUCAUCUUAUUUA